AUGCAUAAUCCAAGAAGCAACAAACCGAAAGGUUUCUCAGGCGCGGAGAGAAGCCCAGUAUCCUACUCGAGAAAAAAACAGAGAAAGGAAAGAGAACGAGAAAGAGGCAAAGACAGAGAAAGUUCACCUCCUCGCCGGCAUAGACAUUCCCAUUCCAACAGGCAUGAUGUUUCUCCGGAGAGAGACCGGAGCAUUUCUCCGCCUCCUCCGGAGAAGCGCCGCCAUUCGAGUCGUGGGUCGGCGAAACUCGUCAGGGAGAGUUCUGAGUCUCCGGUAGCUCCUACUCGCUCUCCCUCUCCUUCCCCGCGAGCAAAGCGGUUGAAGAGAGCUCAAGCUGACCGUGGGAGCGAGAAGAAUCACGAGGGUGGCAGAGGAACUGAUUGGGAUAGGGACAGAGACAGAGGAAGGGGUUCGGAUAGAGAUAUGGGGACUGAGCGGAAGGAGAAGAGGUCUUCUGGAAGGGAUGAAGUUGAUGAUACCCAUAAUGACAUCGCCAGAAACAGGUCUUCAAAGUCUAGACAUGAGAGGCCUACUAAUUCUCCUGAGCAUCAUCGCAAUGGCAGGAACAGGCACAGAUCUCCGUCUCCUCAGCAGCUGAUUGCUCGUGAUGAGAUGACAAAUUCAAGAGGAGUUGAACAUAGGAAUGAUGAUAAUGAUUCAGUAGCAAAGAUGAAGGCUGCUGAGGAGGCUUUGGAAGAAAAACAGAAGCAAAAACCUUCAUUCGAGUUAUCUGGAAAGCUUGCUGCAGAAACCAAUAGAGUUAGAGGUGUUACAUUGUUAUUCAAUGAACCUUCAGAGGCUAGAAAACCUGAUAUAAAAUGGAGGCUUUAUGUUUUCAAGGGUGGGGAAGUGCUAAAUGAGCCCCUUUACAUACAUCGGCAAAGUUGUUAUCUUUUUGGAAGGGAAAGAAGGGUUGCAGAUAUCCCAACAGAUCAUCCGUCCUGCAGCAAGCAACAUGCUGUUAUCCAAUUUCGGCAAGUUGAAAAGGAGCAACCUGAUGGAAUGAUGUCAAAGCAAGUAAGACCUUACUUAAUGGACCUGGGAAGCACCAAUAAAACUUUUAUUAACGAUAACCCCAUUGAACCUCAACGUUAUUAUGAGCUACGUGAGAAGGACACGAUUAGAUUUGGUAACAGCAGCCGAGAGUAUGUAUUGCUACAUGAAAAUUCGAUUGGAUGAUGGGCUGUGUCUUGUUGGAAUCUUGGCCUUUCUGCUCAUUGGAAUUGAUAAAAGCAACACUCCAUCAACAGUUUAUUUGAUGAUGUUCAUCUUUUUUGUAUUUAUUUAUUUUCUUGAGGUAACCCAUAUUACUUGAAUUUUGGUUGUUUUUUAUGUAGAAUACUACAAAAUAUCGAAAGAAAAUAUAAUAACUGUAACAUUUAGUGUA